UAAGGAAGCUUCAACUAAGUCCCUGUCGCACAAUUCUUGUGGGCAGUAUUUAGUGUUGUUGGAUUCAUCUUGCCAAACUUCUCUUGGACAUUUUGUCAACGCCAUGGAGGUCGAUAAAGAAGAGCCAGAGAAACUUUUGCCUUUUACUUUGAGAAGAUUCUGUAUAUCUGAAGAUUUUGGCUUUCUUCUUCCAGAUCCACUGACGGAGCUUUCAGAUGACUACAGGCCUUGGAUGGAGAUUGCCAGCAACCUGCCCCAGUUGAUUGAAAGUUGCCAACUUCGGGCUCAAGUGGACAAGAUGCCACUGCUGAGUUGUCAGUCUCUGAAAAGCCACCGAGAGCAGCACCUGGCUCAUCUAGUACUCAGCUUUAUCACCAUGGGGUACGUGUGGCAGGGAGGAGAAAAGAACACUGCACAGGUUCUGCCCAGAAACCUUGCACUACCUUUGACUGAGGUCUCCCGGAGCCUAGGACUCCCUGCCAUCCUGGUACACUCAGAUUUUGUGUUGGUGAAUUGGAAGAAAAAGAAUCCUGAUGGACCUCUGGAAAUUGGAAACCUGGACACCAUUGUUUCGCUGCCUGGGGGAGACAGCCUGAAAGGCUUCAUCCUGGUGACCUGGCUCGUUGAAAAGGCCGCAGUGCCUGGGAUUAAGGCCCUUGUUCAGGUUGUGAAUGCCAUCCUUCUGUCCAGGGAAGACUCCCUAUGUCAGGCGAUGCAGCAGCUGGCAGGUUCCAUUGAUGAAAUGACCUGGGCCUUGAGGAAGAUGCAUGAUUAUGUAGAUCCAGUCAUAUUUUAUGCAGUGAUCCGGAUCUUUCUGUCUGGAUGGAAAGAUAACCCAGCCAUGCCAGAAGGACUUAUCUAUGAAGGUAUCUCAGCAGAACCCCUGAAAUACUCUGGAGGGAGUGCAGCCCAAAGCACGGUUCUUCAUGCUUUCGAUGAGCUAUUAGGUAUCCAUCACAACAAGGAAAGCGCUUCAUUUCUGAAUAGAAUGAGGAACUACAUGCCGCCUCCCCACAAAGCCUUCAUAGAGGAGAUCCGUGCAGCCCCCUCGCUGAGACAACACAUCUUGUCUUCUGAGAACAGCCAGCUGUGUGGGGCCUACAACCAGUGUGUAACAGCACUGGUGGAGCUGAGAACCCACCACAUCAUAAUUGUGACCAAAUAUAUCAUCACAGCUGCCGCCAACGCCAAAGCCAACAGAGGGAAGCCUGAUCAGCCAUUGGGGCAUCUCCAAGGGCCUCCACAGUCUCUGGAAGAAAGGGGGACAGGGGGCUCUGGGAUCCUGAGUUUUCUGAAGAGCGUCAGAGACACUACCAAGGAAGCAAUGAUUAGCAGAGGGAUUUAGGUAUUCUCUCCAGUCUGUCCCCUAAAGAGGCAGUGGGUGACUUGGAGGACGUUCACCAGGGAAGAGCUGCAUUAGAACUCCAUUGGGAAUGGUUAAAGAAAACUCAGUUAAACUCAUGUUCUGUGCUUGAAGCAGUGUGGGAAGGAGCAUCCUGUUCUCCUCUGUAAGGAGUUGUUUGCCAGGGGUUGCCUUAUUCAGUAUGAGAGAAAACAACUUGUGUGGCUGUUUGCUUCUGCCUUCAGUCAGGGCCAGCCUUCACUAAUUAGCCAGCUUUACUGGUUCCCUUACUUGCCAGUGCUCAAACCUUAGAAGAACAAGGGUGUGUGGGCUUCUGCCUUCAAUCUACCAGAAGUCCCCCUUCUCAGAUGAAUCAUUUGUAACCAAAUAAAAGUACCAUGUAGUCAGGGCAUUUUGUUUCUAUACAAAAGUGAUUCAGCAAUUUAAAGUGGGUAGGUGGAAUUCAGGUUACAGACAUUUUCAGUAUCUUUCAAGGUCUGGGCUUUUGCUUUGUCCAAGGAUGGGGGCACAGAAGUGAUGAACUCCCACCAAGAGGCCCCAAGUCCUCCCUUGCCUUAGACAUUCCAGGCUGCAACUAUGGUUCACAUCUUAUGCAAUUCCAUUGACAUUUCCCUACUGGAGCUGGGUGCUACUAAUCAAGCAAUGAUAUUUAUUGAGUACUUACUCUGUGCAGAGUUCUGUAUUAAAUGCUUGGGAGAAUACAACAGAAUUAGCAGACACAUUUCCUGCCCAUUAAUGAGCUUACAGUCUACAAGUGCUCAUUGGGUCCUCCAGCUGGGAGUGGGUGGGUGUUGAUUCAAGGACCCUCCUCUCACAGUGUUGCCAAAGAUGCACCUUUAAGAGCUCUAAAUGUGAGUUAAAAAAAAUCCCUAUGUUUAUGUACACCUACAAAAUGGGGCCGGGAGAAAAUGUCUGAAUCUUGUUUGAUAAUAGUUGCUUUAGCUACAGGAGCAGAGUUAAGAAAAAAUUUAUGUACAGAAUGACAAAUUCCAGUCAUGUUCUCUGUGUGGUUCAGUCACAUAAUAGAACCCAAUUUUGAACAUGGACAGUGUGCCCUGUUCCAGCUCUAAGCUAUGGCCAAAAUAACCACCCAGAUGGUGAUUGUUUUAGACUGCUGAGAUCUUUGGCUAAGUCAACAGAAAUCUGUGCUAUAGACCUAAAGCUCCCUGAGCUGCUGGCUAGGGUGCCAUUUAAAAUGAUAAGAUGCCAACCUUCCAGCUAAAAUUGGUUAUUUAUGAGGAACUGUAUCUACACAGUUCAGUGUUGGUUACCUUGUUAUUCCUCAUGAGUGUGAUCCUUGCCUCUGUAGUUGUGGGACCUAAGGCUUCUCAUUAGAACAUAAAGUAAGCCAUUAUAGUUAGACAGUCCACAGAAACCAAACCAUCUACAGAUAUUUGAAGAGUGGAUUUGAGACAAAGGUCUUUCCUAAUUUACUAAUUCACAUGUCCCUCCCUCCUAAUCUCAAGGAUGCAAUUGGCUAGCUGCUCUUCAUCCUACUAAACUCUGGUAAUCACUGAGCAUCUAUGCGGGUCAAAUUAUGGUUCCAUAAGAAAGGGUGUUUAGCCUAAACCUUCAGAAAAUUCAAACCAAGAGCAAUUGGUUGGCCUGAUCCCUGCCCACAAGGAGUUUACAGUCUAAUGGAGGAGCCAUACAUUAAAAUAAAUUAUAGAUAGGGGAAGUGGCAGACUAUAAAGAUAUGUAUAUAAAUGCUGUGGGACAUCAACUUGCUUAAUGAGUAUGCACCCAAGUGCAUAAGCAAUAAUAAUAAU